GAUUGCAAUCCAAUGAAAGAUUCUCAUGGGACCACAUCAUCAACCUCCAGUGAAAAACCAACGGAGGAUCCUCACUGCACUGUCACAUCCAUCUAUCAGGCCAAGAUCGGCGACGUCUGUCGUAAUGUGACCGUCGUGUGGGGCAAGAACCUCAUGAACCAUACACUCAUCCUCACCGUCCAUAGCCCACAUAGCGAUCAACAUUCGACGUGCAAGAUCGAUCUCAAGCCAUGGCAUUUCUGGAACAAGAAAGGAUUCAAGUCAUUUGAUGUCGACGGCAAGCGGAUCAAUGUGUUCUGGGACUUACGGGUGGCGAAAUUCUCCGGCAGAUCAGAGCCGUCGAGCGACUAUUAUGUGGCCAUGGUCUGUGACGAAGAAGUAGUAUUGUUGUUAGGAGAUUACAAGAAAGAAGCUUACAAGAGAAGUAAGUCCAGACCAUCAUUGAUAAAUGCUACAUUAGUAUCAAAGAAGGAGAAUGUAUUUGGAAAGAGAAGUUUCUCUGCAAGAGCUAAGUUUGAUGAGAAGAAGGACCAUGAAAUUCUGAUAGAGAACUCAAUUUCAAUGGCUACAGAGUCUGAUAUGUGGAUCAGCAUCGAUGGGAUCGUCAUGAUUCAUGUCAAUAACCUACAGUGGAAGUUUCGGGGCAAUCAGACGGUGACGGUGAACGAGAUACCGGUGCAAGUGUUUUGGGACGUGCACGAUUGGUUAUUUAGUGGGCCCGGCAUGGUCCACGCAUUGUUUAUCUUUAAGCCCGGCCAGCCUGCGCAACUGCCUGGCCAAGAUGGAGAAGAUGACGGCAGUGAUCAUGGCAGUCGGGUAAGUGAUGGGGAUGGCGGCUACGAUGGGUGCUUGGCUAGGAAUCAUGGGGUACAACCUGGGUUCAGCUUGUUCUUGUAUGCAUGGAAGGUGGACUGAUGGUUCAGAUUCGGGGAAGAAGUUCGGGAGGCGGAUAGGAUUCGGCGAUCGGAUGUGGGGCCCACUGAUGAGUGUAUAAUGUAUAUUGUUGUUGGGUUUCAUCCCUUUGAUAGUGCAAAAUGUGAUUAGAAUUAGAUGAUGGGAGGGUCCUUU